GUCGCUUAUCAGUUUUCGUAAAGCGAAUUACGGGUAUGGAUGGGCCUUAUCAAGAUGAGUCCUAAUCACCUUAUCCCGAGUCUCACUAACUUGACCUCUUCCAACAACUUCGACACCUGUUUUUAAAAGGUGGAUUAAAGCAGCAUCCCAAAUGCCUUCUGACGAUAUUCCAUUCCCUGUAACUUUUACCGCUGGUGCUAUUGCUGGUAUUUCUGAGGUACUCUCUUUAUAUCCCUUGGAUGUGGUGAAAACACGUAUGCAGUUGACUGUCGGAAAAUCCGAAUACAAUGGAACUUUCGACUGCUUAAAGAAGAUCGUCCAAAGGGAAGGCGCUUCUCGUCUUUACCGUGGUAUCCUACCUCCUGUUAUGAUGGAGGCUCCUAAGCGUGCUUUAAAAUUCGCUUCUAACGAUGCGUACGGAAAAUAUUGGCGUAACUUAUUUGGAAAAAAGGAAUCUACACCCGCUCUUUCCUUACUUACUGGUUCAUGUGCUGGUUUCACUGAAUCCUUUGUUGUUGUACCCUUCGAGUUGAUGAAAAUCCGACUUCAAGACGUCAAUAACGCUUCCAAGUACAAUGGAACUUUUGAUUGCCUCUCCAAGGUGAUAAAACAUGAAGGUAUUUUUGCCCUUUAUAAUGGUUUCGAGGCAACUAUGUGGCGUCACGUGGUUUGGAAUGCUGGUUAUUUUGGUCUUAUUCAAAAGGUUCGCGGUUCUCUUCAACCCGCCACGAGCAAAACCGGUGAAAUGUGCAAUAACCUUAUUGCUGGUACUAUAGGUGGUAUAUUUGGUACUUUCUUGAGUACCCCAUUCGAUGUCGUCAAAUCUCGUGUACAAACUGCUCCUCGUAUUGUCGGUCAAGUCCCCAAGUACAAUUGGGCUUAUCCUGCUCUUUUUACCAUUGCUAAGGAAGAAGGCUUUACUGCUCUUUACAAGGGCUUUGUCCCCAAGGUCCUCCGUUUGGGCCCUGGUGGUGGUAUUCUUUUGGUCGUUUUCAACUCCGUCGUUGGUGUAUACCAAAAGUAUAUUGCUUAAAAAUAUAAUGGAAGGAUUUAUAAUCGUUAUCCUCUCAUAUCUAUUUUUUGUUGUCUUGGAACCUUUUGUUGACUAACGGUUUAUUUUUGUUUCGUUUCAUCCCCUUUCUUUUUAUCCCUUAUGUAUCCAAAAAAAAAGUUUCUGGGCUUUGUUUUUAUUUGCCUUAUUCAAAAAAAUAGAAACAAUAACUUUUUGUUAUGCUAAUCCAAAACUCUUUUUUAUUUAUGAAAAAAGAGACAUCCAAAAUAAUCACCCAUAUAUUAUAGAUUAGACACUUGAUGCAUGCAACUAUUAAUUCAUUAAUUCCCCUGUCAUUUUUAACUACUUUUUGGUAAACUAAAGC